AUGACUCUCUCUGUGCCUGCCAGAGGCUGGUGGUCAACCCCUUGUUUGAUCCGCCUCAAUCUGUGCCUAAUCUCCUUGACCUUUUUGUCAUCGGCCAAUGGCUACGAUAGCUCCCUCCUCAACGGUCUUCAGUCUCUUCCUAUCUAUCUGGACUUCAUGGGAGGCCCAGAAGGCACAUGGCUGGGCUUCAUCAACACGCUUUACUGGAUUGGGGCUGCAGUGACAGCUACUGCUGCCGCCUGGGUAUCUAAUCAAUACGGACGGAAGAAGACCAUCUGGCUUGGCUAUGUCUGCUUGCUCACGGGAACUGUUCUUCAAACCGCAGCUCCAAGUCGUGCUGUCUUCAUGGCCGGGCGAGCUCUUGCAGGCGCUAGUAUGGGUUGGAUGAACAAUGCAGGCCCCGCACUGAUUGCUGAAGUUGCUUAUCCCACCCAUCAAGGCAUAGCAACGGCUUUGUUCAUGACUUGCUAUUAUCUUGGCAGCAUUGUUGCCGCUUGGGUGACCUACGGCACUAGAACGCUCGGUUCAAGCUGGGCAUGGAGGAUACCAUCAUUGUUUCAGCUGCUUAUGCCCUUGCUAUCGUUACCGGGAUUCUGGUUUGUCGCUGAAAGCCCUCGGUGGAUGGUGGGAGCCAACAAAAUUGAGGAGGCUCGACAGACUCUCAUUAGAAUCCAUGCUGGCGGUGAUUCUACCAUUGAAUGGGUGGAAGAUGAACUUCAAUCUAUUCAAAGAAGCAUCCAUGCUGAGAUUGAGGCUGAGCAAUCAUCUGGAUAUGCAGAGAUGGUCCGCACUCCUGGGAACCGUCAUCGCUUCUUCAUUUCUGUGACCCUUGGCUUUUUCGAUCAAUGGGUGGGUAAUGGUCUUCUAUCAUACUACCUGGCAAUUGUCCUCAAAUCCGUCGGUGUCAAAAAAAAAGGAGAUCAACUCCUCAUAUCAGCCUGUCUCCAAAUCUGGAACCUGAUGUUUGCGCUUCUUGGAGCUCUUUCCGUUGACCGUAUGGGCCGUCGAACCCUUUUCUUAUUCUCGGGUGCCAUCAUGUUGAUUAGUUAUAUCCUAAUGACGGGGCUGUAUGGCUCAUUUGCAGAAACCGGAAACCAUGCAACGGGCAUUGCUUUCGUGCCGUUCGUUUUCGUAUAUUUUGCUGGCUAUGAUAUUGCCUUAACACCACUGCUCACUUCAUAUCCAUGUGAAAUUUGGCCAUUCCGGCUGCGGUCUCGCGGCCUGAUGAUUACCUGGAUGUCAUGCAUUAUUGCUGUGAUUUUCAAUAUUUUCGUCAACCCUAUCGCCUUAGAGGCUAUUGGCUGGAAGUAUUAUAUCGUCUAUGUGGUCAUUCUGGUAGUAUACUGUUUGAUUGUCUUCUUCGCCUACCCAGAGACCCGGGGGCGAUCUCUGGAACAGAUGUCCCUGAUAUUUGACAAAGAAGACACCAUUGACGCCCACUCUAUUACAAGCGCAAUAAAAGUCUCCCAGGAGAAGAAGAAUAUUGAAUAA